UCAUCGAAAAUGGCCUAUCAGCGAGGCAAAAACAAAAGCACAGCGGGUGAAGAUCUCCAAACCUACACUUCCAGUUCUACGUUUGCGUAUCAAUCAAUAUCGGAUGAUGUAAAAGCAAACCAGCCUGUCAACGAAAAGAAAACAUCUCCUAUAGUAUCAACUACCGGAAAGCGUGAUUGGCUUAUCGGUUUAUUACUUGCUCUCAUUGCGCUGGCAAUCAGAUUCUACAGGAUUGAACAUCCAGACGAGGUCGUCUUUGAUGAGGUUCAUUUCGGCAAGUACGCUGGAUACUACAUAAAGAGAGAGUAUUACUUUGAUGUCCACCCUCCAUUCGCAAAGAUGCUGAAUGGUUUGGCUGGCUAUUUGUCUGGCUUCAACGGCGAUUUCAGAUUUUCAAACAUAAAUGACAGCUACACUGCUGGCGGUGUACCAUACGUUGGUAUGAGGUCUUUGUCUGCCAUUUUGGGUUCAUUCACGAUACCACUCAUUUAUGGUAUUAUGCGUGAAUCAGGUUAUCCAGAAACUAUCGGUAUUCUCUCAGCUACAAUAAUGCUUUUCGAUAACGGUCACGUCGCUCAGACACGCUUGAUUUUGCUCGACGCUGCACUCGUGUUCUUCAUGGCUUUGUCACUCUAUUGCUAUAUUAGGUUCUCAAAGUGUCGUAAAAGCCCAUUUUCUAUGUCUUGGUGGUUUUGGCAAGCACUCACGGGAGUUUCACUCGCUUUAACCCUUGGAUGCAAAAUGGUCGGUCUCUUUACUUUCCUGACGAUCGGUAUGGCCGUUGCUGUCGACUUAUGGAAGAUUUUGGAUGUUCGUAGAGGCUAUACUAUGAACCAAGUCACUCGUCACGUAGCUGCUCGUGCUUUUUGUCUUAUUGUCAUACCUGCAGCUGUCUACCUUGCAACCUUCUGGGUUCACUUUAAGAUACUCAAAUACUCAGGUCCUGGUGACACUUUCAUGUCCCCUAGAUUCCAAGAAACACUUCAAGGUAACCCAGUUUUAGAACAUAGCAGAAAUAUCUACUACUACGAUUCGAUUACCCUUAAAAACCGCGAUAGUAGUAACUUUUUGAACUCAAAUUUCAACUACUAUCCAUUGAGAUAUCCAGACGGAAGGGUCAGCAGUCAAGGUCAGGUUGUAGCAGGAGUACCACACAGAGUCAAGGACAACUAUUGGCAGAUUUUACCAGCUGAAGGAUCAGUGCGUAAAGACAACCUUAAAGUUAGAAAUGGCGACAUUGUCAAGCUCUUUCACCAACAAACUAGUACCACGUUACUUGCUCAUGAUGUUGCCUCUCCUUUAACAUCAACUAAUGAAGAAUUCACUACUUGGCCUCUCAAUUCGACUCAUCGUCGCCCUCGUGAAGAGGAGUUCCAGAUUCACGUCUUAGGUGCUGAAGAGGGUGAUGAGAUUAGGUCACUUGCUAGUCAUUUUAAGUUAGUACAUGUUGAUACCGGUGUAUCUAUGUAUAUGAGUGGUAAAGCAUUACCAUCAACUUGGGCACCAGGUCAAUUCGAGGUAAAUGGAAAGAAGGAUCAGUCCGAACAGGGUGCUUCUUGGUUUAUUGAUGAAUUUAAUCCGCACCCUGAUAUGAAAGUAGAGAGGAAGGGUGUGACGGAUAAUAAACAAGUCAAGACAAUGAACUUUUUCAAGAAAUUUUUCGAAUUGCAACUUUUAAUGCUCAAACAUAAUGCUGGUUUAACAAAUCCACACCCAUAUGCUAGUACCCCGAUUGAGUGGCCAUUCCAACUCAAAGGCAUCAGUUUCUGGACCGAUAAUGACAAACAAGAGCAGAUAUACAUGAUUGGUAACGUGUUUGGUGCAUGGUUAUCCAUCGCUGCAAUUUCAAUCUUUGCUGGUAUCUGGGGAGCUGAUCAAUUGUCUAGAAGGCGCGGUCAAGAACCAAUUGAGGAUCAUGUUAGACAUAGAAUGCACUAUUCUAUUGGAUUCUUCGUCUCUGCUUGGGCGUUCCACUAUCUGCCAUUCUUUUUAAUGGGCAGACAAUUGUUCAUACACCAUUACUUGCCAGCUCAACUCGCCAGUGCACUUGUUGCCGGCGCGGUGGUUAACUUUAUUGCGACAGAAUCAGCAGAUUGGCCGCUAACGGGGCCAUACUUGCGCACGCGUAUACAGUUCCCUAGAGAAGGUAAAAUAGUGGUUGCCUUAUUGAUAUCCGCUCUCGUAGCCGCCUUCUGGUUCCUCUCACCACUUACGUACGGUACACCUGGUUUGGAAGGUAGCCAAGUUUUGCAAAGAAAGCUGCUCGAUAGCUGGACCUUACAUUUCUCACCAAAGUAAAUUGUAAAAUAAUGAAUUAA